GGAGUCCAACGUGCCUGCCUGCACUCGACUUGGGAGAACCUCGUUUGACGUUGUAACCAUGAGCUCCACUGAAAUGGCAUCCCCUGAAGAUAUUCAGGUGAAAGAGCUUGACAAGCGUGCUUCGGGUCAAGCAUUUGAGGUCAUCCUAAACCCCUUGUCCCCAGCACCUAAAGCAGAAUUCCCAUUGUCACCCCCUUCAAAGAAGGAAACCUCCCUUGAGGAGAUCCAGAGGAAACUGGAAGCUGCAGAGGAGAGGCGCAAGCACCAUGAAGCUGAGGUCCUAAAGCACUUAGCUGAGAAAAGAGAGCAUGAAAAAGAAGUGAUCAUGAAAGCCAUUGAGGAAAACAGCAACUUCAGCAAGAUGGCAGAGGAGAAGCUUAACCAGAAAAUGGAGGCCAACAAAGAGAAUCGUACAGCACGAAUGGCAGCGCUCAACGAGAAAUUUAAGGAGAAGGACAAGAAGCUUGAAGAAGUACGGAAGAACAAAGAGACAAAAGGGAUCUGACAUAAACAUGGUUUAAAUAACUUUCCAAAGAUGUUUUCUAUUUUUGCUUACAUAUGUGUAUGUUAGUUUUGUUCAUACUGUUGGAUCACAGUGUUUAAAUCUUAUCCUUCGUAAGAUUUUUGGGUAUAUCCUUAAUGUUCCUCACAGAUUUGUGUGUUGAAUAUUGUGUGCCAGUAAUCGCUCUUUGUUUUGUUAUAAGGUAGCACUCGACUGUAGUUGUGUAUGUUAACAUGUUUUGUUUUGAAUAAACCGUUUUG